CGGUUUUCCCAUCUCUACUAUUUAACCGGCUAACGACAAAUUGUUUUUGGAAUUCCCUUGAAUUUUGCUUAGUUUGUGGAUAGUUUUCUUUUUUUGCUUAAAAAUGAGUCGCGACGUUCUUGCUCCACCUUUGCAAAAAAUGAGCCAUGGCCGAAACUACCGCGUUAAUGUGGUGCACGAUGAUUUUGGCGGAAGCAAGUGGAACGGUCUCAAUAAGAAGUCCAAGACCGAUGUUAAGGGGUACCAGGAACCAGAUCUCUAUGGAGAUGAUGACGACGAAGAGGACCCGGCCGCCAACGAUAUUGUGGAAACGCUAAACGGCGGGUAUGAGCUGGCCUUGCCUGUCCCAAAAUCUUUCUACGGUGGGCUAAUUGGCAUGAAGGGCAACACCAAGCGUCGGAUCGAGGAGGAAGCCAAAUGUGAGAUCUAUGUGCCCCGCCAGAAUGAGAAGUCCAACGAAGUUAUAAUCAGAGCCAAGGAACGCAGCCAAGUGUGCGCUGCUAUGCGUCGCAUUCGUCACAUUACUGCCUCGCUGCGUCAGAAGAUGAAGCCAACCCACUUUUUGGCUGUGGCCCUCAAUUCUGGUGAAGUCAAGGAUAACUUUAUAGAGCUUAAGAAAAAAAUACUGGAAGCCGAUUUGCCAGGAAUCGAUGAAACUCUCUUCAUCUCGGAAAGCAGCAUCCACCUCACCUUGGGCGUUUAUGUGCUCCUCGACGAUGCCGAACGUAAAAGAGCUCUCGAAGAGCUUGAAACUUGCCGUUCUUUGCUUGAAAACCUAGUCACUCCAUUCGAUCUGAAGAUGAAGGGUCUGGAGAUCAUGAAUGAUGAUCCGAGUGCAACUCGGGUAUUGUACGCCAGCGUCGAGGCACCCGAGUUGCAAAAGUUUUCAGAUCAGUGCUUGGGCCACUUACAGACCACCGGUCUCUGUGCCACGGACAACCAAACAAGGGAUUCCGUCAAGCUGCACAUGACCGUGAUGAACAAUCGCUAUCGCCAGGAGGUGAAGACGUGCGAGAAUAGCUUUGAUGCUCGCGAAAUCCUGAAGCGGUUCGGAGACUAUGAUUUCGGCUCAGCCAAAUGCCAGGCAUUGCACUUGUGCGUCUUGAAGUCGCGUGGCGAGGAUGGUUUCUACAAGAUAACCGGAUCUCUAGAGUUCUAAGAAAUCCUGUGAAUGCCUAGGUCUAGUUUAGUUUAAACAGGGAGUCUCAGAGAGCUAUCCCUUUCCAGAUAUUCCCCUUUCCCCCGAGCAACCCCCUGUAAAUACACAAAUAAAAAUGCAACUAAAAUACA